AUGGAAGACAUUCAGAAAAAUCUUCAGACCGACUUUUUCAACAAAUUAGAACCUGCACUACGGAGUUUCCCGUCGUAUCAAUUCAGGAACCCCUUGCUUUGUGUCAAAGUAUUUAUCCAAGACGGGGAUAGCCCGGAUGAUGAAACGGGCACUUAUGAAGCCAAUAAGCGGGUAGAGUUUCUUAUAUCGCAUCGAAUUUCCUUUCGUCCGGGAAAUUUCUCGGACUCCGACUUUGACUCUGAAGGCACGUGUCAGACAUCCCUAGAUUCACUCGGCCAAUCCCAGCCUCUGGGUGACAGGAGCGACAAUCAAAAAAGAAAUGCCGGCGUCGCUGAGCAUAGUGAUGCGACAAGCUUGCCUUCUCGUAAACGUAAAGGCGGCCUGCGUCUGGCUCCUGUGAGUGACUCAGCCUCUAUCGACGAUGAUGUUUCUAGCAGGCGCCAAAUGCAAGUUGGACAGGAAAACUUCCCAAAAAGAGCAAAAGUCAAGCCAGAUGGGGUGUUUCAAGCUCGAGAGUUAUCGCUCAGUAAAUUCGUUGUUGGUGUUUGGGAACAAAUACAUUCUGGCCUGGUUCUUGAGCCUCUUGUUCUUACCGAGCAAGUCAAUCUCAUUGCUCCAGGUACGACUGAUGACUACGCGGACCAAUCGUCUGGCAGAUCUUUAGCGGCCAUUGACGCCCAUGGCCAGACUAACCAGAAUGUUGAGUCCUUCAGUCGAAGCAAUCUAUUCUGCCGCAGAGUCACACAGGCUAGUCGUACCUGUCGCUCCAUCGAGGUCAUUGUCCAAGCUCGCUGGGUUGAGCUCUUUGACUCAUAUGUUGAGUACCUCGGCAGUAUGAACCCCGAACUUUCGCCGACAAAGACUCGUAUGAGAGCCAUAGCCGAGGCAUGUACUGACUUUGGCUGGAUUGAGAAAGAGCUGCGGAACAAGAUGGCUAUAUGGCGUGGAUAUAAAGAGAUCAAGGACGCCUUGGGUUGGGCUGCGCUGGUGUUUUCGGGCAUGGGCCUUUAUCGUCUAUGCAAAUAUCGUAUCGGCUUUGAUGUCGCCAAAUUUUACAAAGCUCGAGCAUCGCGACUACGGAUGGAGGUGGCUGCGGACACUUUACAUCCGAAUUGGCGACAGCUUCUAGCCAUCGUUGGUGAAUCGACGGAGAGGGCUUUUACUGGUCAUCCUCACGAUUGGGUCGUGCAUCAAGAUGGAUCAGAUCCCAUCCCUCUUCGAUCAACAUACCUCAAGUACAACCCUCAGUUCACCUUCGAACACAUCGAUGAGUGUGUUCUUGAUACAGCAUCCUGGGGAGCUGACGAUCCUCGCUGGAUCCCUCCGCCAAACACAGCCGUGUGCAUUGCAGGUACCAACGUCUGUGAUUUAUGCGGACAACUGCAGUCAAAUGAAGGUGCUCUCAAUGCUUUUCAAAUAUUUCGAACUUCAAACGAGCGCAAUAAUGGCCUCCAAUCCUUAGCUCCGUUCGAUAGAGGUGUCGCCAUUGGAGAAUUUGUAGGCCUGGUAACAAAAGGUAUACAAGACCAGGAUGUACUUGAUAGUGAGGUUGCUGGGAGGAAAUACCAAAUCUGGCAGGGACGGCAGGGGAAUUUCACAAGGUUUGCAAACCAUAGCUGCAAGCCCAAUGCGCAGUUUGAGAGGUUUACGUGGCUGGGCACUCAGCAUGUUCUUCUGGUGAGUAAAGGAAUUGAGGUGGGGAUGGAAAUUACUGUGGACUACUCUGGGAGCUAUUGGCGUGGUCUCGACAAGAAGUGUCUAUGUGGAGAUUUCACCCUCAAAGCUCUCGACCACCUUCCGCGGUCAGGGAUUAAGUUUGUUGGAUGUUGCAACGAGUUAAACGCUGGAUAUGCGGCAGAUGGCUAUGCGCGAUCACAGCGUCAUCGAUCAAGGACCGGCCUCGGGGCAAUGAUUACUACCUACGGCGUUGGAGAGCUCAGCGCGGCUAACGCUAUCGCUGGAAGCUAUGCUGAGAAUGUUCCCGUUGUUCACAUCGUCGGUACACCGUCUCGACAGGCACGGCGUGUUUCAGCUUCAUCGGUUGGAGGGAAAAGGCCGCAUCGGCAUAUUCAUCACACGCUGGCUGAUUCAAGGGUCGGGGUGUACCGCGAGAUUGCGGAGAAGUUCACUGUGGCACAGCUCGACCUUGCGACUGUCGAGUCUGAAGAAGUGCCUGAUCGGGUCGAUUGGGUGCUGUCGCAGGCACUGCACCAUAGUCGUCCUGUCUAUAUCGAGAUACCAUCUGAUGUCGUAGACACGGCAGUGCCAUCACAUGCACUAGAAAGCCCAAUCGACCAAAACAGCAUAUCUAACGAUAAGAACGAGCCUUGCGGCACGAAGCAAGCAGAGCAAAUUCUGCAGAAGCUCUAUUCCGCUAAACGCCCACUGAUCUUGGUCGACCGAGGCAACGGCACAGAACUGCUCAGACACCAAAUCAACGAAUUCGUACAAAAUUCAGGCAUUCCUACUGUGACGUUGCCUUCAGGAGCAAGCAUGGUAGACAAUUCGUUGCCCAACUACUUUGGUGUAUACUCUGGUCCAAUUGGCGCUGUAGACUUGACGUCUGCAGUGAAAUCAGCAGAUUUGGUGCUAGCUUUUGGAUGUCAGUUCUCUGACACUCAAACUCUUGGGUGGGCCAUUCUGCCUGAACGCGAUAUCAUGGUUGUCAUUGGCAGGAACCAUAUUGAGGAUGAAGAAGCGGACGUUGGGUGUGUCCUUGUGGAAGUGAACAAAAGGCUCAACAAAGCCAAAUUGCAGAAGCAAGAUACCACCUCGUGGGGUGACUUUCGACUCCAGCCAUCCCAUGACCUCAAACCUCUGGAGGCUAUCAACCAGGAUGAAUUCUACAUUCAUCUCGGUAAACAUCUGCAGCAAAACGACACAGUCCUACUGGCCAAUGCAACACCCAUCAUAGGUGGCCGCGACCUUAUCCUCCCACCAUCUUCCCAGCUCAUCGCAUCUGGAAUGUGGUUUUCCAUCGGCCACAUGCUACCCGCGGCUUUGGGCGUUGCACAGGCAAAGACAAACGAUGGUUCGAGUGGUCGCACAAUCCUCCUCGACGGAGACGGAAGCUUCCAGAUGACAGCGCAAGAACUGAGCACUAUCAUACACAACCGGGUUGAUAUGACCAUUUUUAUUAUUAAUAACUCUGGUUAUACAUACGAGAGGUACAUUCAUGGCAUGGGCGAGGAGUAUAAUGAUGUUGCGCCUUGGGACUACAGCACUGCGCCUCAGCUCUUUGGUCAGCCAGAGGGUUAUUCCAUCCAUUCUUGCCGGGUGAAGACAUGGGAGGAUCUAGAUCGCAUUCUUACCUCGGAUGGUUUCGUGCAAGGGAAGGGCUUAACACUGGUAGAUGUUAUCAUGGAUAAGUGUGAUAUCUCUGAAAAGGCAAAGGUUUUAUUUGAGUUUGCUGGGAAGCAGCUUUAG